AUGCAACACAAUGCCCUCCCCCCUCGAACACAAUGCCCUCCCCCGCCCUCCCCCGAACACAAUGCCCUCCCCCUCGAACACAAUGCCCUCCCCCCCGAACACAAUGCCCUCCCCCGAACACAAUGCCCUCCCCUCGAACACAAUGCCCUCCCCCCCGAACACAAUGCCCUCCCUCCCGAACACAACCGUCUGUGGUUGUGUUUGGAGGAGGGGUUUGCUAGGUUGAACCCACAGUCACUUGGCUCUGUCAUAACCUCACAUGGUCUCUCCUAUCAUUGCUAUGCAGACGACACACAAUUAAUCUUCUCCUUUCCCCCUUCUGAUGACCCGGUGGCGAAUCGCAUCUCUGCAUGUCUGGCAGACAUAUCAGUGUGGAUGACGGAUCACCACCUCAAGCUGAACCUCGGCAAGACGGAGCUGCUCUUCCUCCCGGGGAAGGACUGCCCGUUCCAUGAUCUCGCCAUCACGGUUGACAACUCCAUUGUGUCCUCCUCCCAGAGCGCUAAGAACCUUGGCGUGAUCCUGGACAACACCCUGUCGUUCUCAACUAACAUCAAGGCGGUGGCCCGUUCCUGUAGGUUCAUGCUCUACAACAUCCGCAGAGUACGACCCUGCCUCACACAGGAAGCGGCGCAGGUCCUAAUCCAGGCACUCGUCAUCUCCCGUCUGGAUUACUGCAACUCGCUGUUGGCUGGGCUCCCUGCCUGUGCCAUUAAACCCCUACAACUCAUCCAGAACGCCGCAGCUCGUCUGGUGUUCAACCUUCCCAAGUUCUCUCACGUCACCCCGCUCCUCCGCUCUCUCCACUGGCUUCCAGUUGAAGCUCGCAUCCGCUACAAGACCAUGGUGCUUGCCUACGGAGCUGUGAGGGGAACGGCACCUCAGUACCUCCAGGCUCUGAUCAGGCCCUACACCCAAACAAGGGCACUGCGUUCAUCCACCUCUGGCCUGCUCGCUUCCCUACCACUGAGGAAGUACAGUUCCCGCUCAGCCCAGUCAAAACUGUUCGCUGCUCUGGCCCCCCAAUGGUGGAACAAACUCCCUCACGACGCCAGGACAGCGGAGUCAAUCACCACCUUCCGGAGACACCUGAAACCCCACCUCUUUAAGGAAUACCUAGGAUAGGAUAAAGUAAUCCCUCUCACCCCCCCCCCUUAAAAGAUUUAGAUGCACUACUGUUCCACUGGAUGUCAUAAGGUGAAUGCACCAAUUUGUAAGUCGCUCUGGAUAAGAGCGUCUGCUAAAUGACUUAAAUGUAAAUG